CAAGAAACCAGUCGCUUACGAACCGUCGCACGGAGCGGACGUGCACGCUCCCGCGUAACAAACAAAACACGCCCGGAUAACGUAACAAAAAUACAAUAAAAUAAUGUUUUGAUAAUUUAAAUCCAAUAAGAAACGUUUAAGUAAUAUUUUUGUUUUGUUCUUUUAUUGAAUUUGGAGGUUAUAAACCUAUUUUUGUGUUGUGCAAGUUAUGUGAAGUUUUUUCCCGUUUUGUACCUAAUCAAAGUGUCUAGUGUUUUGAGUGAAAUAAAAAAAUAGCUGUCAAAAUAUCCAAGAUGGCCGCGUUAAAGUUUUUAAUGUGUCUGUGUUUUGUGCAUGCCGUCCUAGCUAAAGGAUCCGAACCGAAGGUGGAAUGCUCGCCAGAGGUGAUGAAAGUCACUGUUCCUAUGGAUGGAGACAGAAAAGUCACGUACUUGGAGCAAUUGAAGGAGUACAAGCCCUGUCUUCCGGAGAUGAACGGGAACACUGCCAUGUUCGUGCUGGACCUCCAGGACCACCACAAGUGUGCAGUCACCAGAAUACUGCAGACGGGCACGGGGAAAAGAUCCUUCUACAGUAACAUUGUGAUAGAAGACGUGGCCGGAAAUAUAGAAAUGUUGAGAGCUCGCUGCUCGGUCGCCGACAAACUGCGUUACAUCUCCAAGAGGGAUGUCCCUCCCUUCCCUCUGGACUUCCACGAACCUGAAGUCCUGAACAUCACUAGGUACGAAGAAGGCAAGGCCCCUGAACCAGUAUUAGGUGCUAUUGUGAAACAAAAUGGAAAACAAGUCUCCGGCGAGAUAUCAGUGACGCCAGGCACUCCUCUGACGAUGGAGAUCUUCCUGAACGAGAAGUCGGCUCCCAUAUACGGUUUGCUGGUCAACUACAUGCACGUCACUGAUACUGGAAAACAGCAGGAAACUAUCAUAUUGAAUGGUUGCUCAGUCGAUACUUACCUGUUUGACAACUUCGUGACAUCAGAUGGCGACACUUUGACAGCAAAGUUCAAAGCGUUCAAGUUCCCUGACACAUCCUACGUACAGUUCAAGGGCACUGUUACCGUGUGCCUCGACAAAUGCCAGGGGGUCCAAUGCAGCAACGGCCAGAUAGCGUACGGCCGGAAGCGACGCGCCAUUAGCUCCGGAAGUGACGCCAACAAAGUCUAUGAAGUCUCGCUAACCACUUUCAUCAAGGUCGAUUACGAAGAAGGCCAGAAUGCUAAUGCAGAAGACGUUCUGGCCCUUCUACGGAACUUGAAGGUAGCAAACCAGCGUCUAGGAGACAUGGAUGGAACACCAGCGACCGUGGCAGAACACACAGCCAAGAAUGUACUAGUUUACGACCAAGAAACAUUAGUCCUAAACAAAGCUAGCACCCUAACCAGUAGCUUAUUACUUCUCAUUAGUCUGUUACUCCUAUUCAAAUAGAAACGCAAUAAACAAAUUUAAAACAAAUUCUCGACUAAAACUAAAAAGACUAAAUUCCCUUUUAGAAAAUUAAAUUAAAAAAAAAACGAAUGACAUUUGAUUUUAGUGCUCGUAGCGCCAUUGUCAAUGGUGACAUUUCGAAGCUAUUUUGAAAGUUUAAUACGAAUCCGUCCGAAUUUGAAAACUCUUUUUGAAUUUUGUAUUGUUUUUUCAUAUUAUCAUAAUAAUAACGUACUUAUUUGCCAAAUAACUAAUAAAAACAAGUACAUUUCAAUUUAUUUUUUAAUAAUAAUCGCUCUAAACCAUUCCGUAGAUAUUAAAUCGAAUAUAGAAAUAAAAUAAAGUGAUUUUAAUUAAAAAUAACUUAGGUAAGAACCGUAAGUAACUAAUUAAGUUUUGUUUUUAAUGAUUUACUACCAGUGUCAAAUGAGCGCACAUUAUCAAAUCCAAAAAAAACUCUAGUAAGAAACUAUUUUGUAAUUAUGAAAUUCAGAAUCUUUGGACUAAUGUCGACUUCCUAUCUGCGUACCAAAUUCUUGUAUUGCUGAAUAUUUAAACGACAACAAAGAAGUAUCCUUAAAUCCCUUAGGACCCCCAAAAGGCUGGCAAAUCAGUAACUCUUCUGGUGUUAAGAAAUGUCCAUGGGCAGCGCCGAUUGCACUUCUACUAGCUAAUCCGGCAAAC